AUGGAGCGUGAUUUAGAUUAAAAUAUCAGAUCCAACAAGAACCCCAUCAACAUUUCCUCUAAGUUUUUCGAUAAAUAAACCAGGAUAGAAGUAGUAGUAGAGGUUGUUGUAGAUGAAGUAGUGGGAGCUGGUGUUGUAGAUGUUGAAGUUGUAGUAGUUGAAGAAGAUGAGGUAGUAGUUGUUGUUGUUGUAGGGGUUGGAGUUGUCGUUGUAGAUGUAGUUGUAGUUGUUGUAGAAGACGUCGUAGUAGUUGUAGAUGUUGUUGUAGUUGAUGUAGAUGUUGUAGUUGUUGUAGUGGUUGUAGUACUGGUGGUUGUAGUAGUGGUAGUUGUAGUAGUGGUUGUCGUAGUAGUGCUGGUGGUUGUAGUAGUAGUGGUAGUUGUAGUUGUUGUGGUGGUGGUGGUUGUAGUUGUCGUUGUCGUGGUGGUGGUUGUGGUAGUGGUAGUUGUCGAGGUAGUAGUCGUUGAUAUGGUUGUAGUUUAAAGAUCACAAGAAUUUCCAUUUUUAUUGUAAAUCCAAAAGGCUGCAGUUUCAUAAGUUUAACCAUUGUAAAUUAAUUUUAACCUAAAGUUCCAUACAGUUGAAUAAGUAUUUUUCAAUGUCAAGACCCCCGUUGCGGUAUCGAUACUAAAUUUUGAUGAAUCACAAGAAGUUGCACAGGUAACACCGUAUGUAUAAGAUAGAGGAGUACAUACAUUGCCACUUAAAUCUUUUAAGACAAUCAAAGAACUAAGAGAGAAGUACUGA